CGCCGGAAGUACUAGAGCACGCGCCGGCCGGUUUACGGUUUUAUUUGCACACAAACGCCGUCUUCGGGCUCAGUCCGAGAAAGAGGGACGCUCCUAUGACUCCGCCGUUAAAAAAGCAUCAGAAGACGUCAGGUUUUCGUGGUGCCUUCAUGGCCAGCUUUGCGAGGAGAUCGCUGCUGGCGGCUCUGCUGGCUGUGGCUGUUGGGGUUUACCUCCUGCCGUCUCCCAUAGAUCCCAAACCCCACAGCCUGAAGGGGCCCCCGCCCACUCUGGAGGGGCCACUGGCCACGAACACCCUUCUCCAGAAGGGGCGCCGGCUGUUCACCGGGAAACUACACGGACCAGAAUCCUUUACUGCUGAUGAGGACGGCAACGUUUACACGGGAACUGUGGACGGGAAGCUGUGGAGGAUCAGCCCCGAUGACAACCUCACCUUCAUCACGCAGAUGGGACAGAACCUGCCUGAAUGUGGGAGCAGCACGGAUUACGAGCCCGUGUGCGGUCGCCCCCACGGCCUCCGCAUGGACCGCCACAAUCGGCUGAUUGUCGCGGACUCGUACUUAGGGCUCUUUGCCGUCGAUCCCCAAACCGGAGAGAAGACGCUGCUGCGGCCAAACGCUGAGGGUGCUGAUGGAGUUCCUUUUGCUUUUCUCAAUGGCCUUGAAAUCUCCGCCCAAACUGGGACCAUCUAUUUCACCGACUCAUCGAGUCGCUGGGGGCGCAGACACGUCAAACUGGAGGUGAUCGAGCUGAACAGUCUGGGUCGGCUCCUCUCCUACGAUCCUCGGUCUGGAGCCGUUUCGGUGCUGCUGGACUCGCUCUACAUGCCCAACGGCAUCGCCCUGUCGCCCGACGAGGACUUCCUGCUGCUGGCCGAGACCAGCAUCGGACGCAUUCACAGGUUUUGGCUGAAGGGUCAAAAGGCCGGCACCGGGGAAGUCGUCCUGGACAACAUGAUCGGUUACCCUGACAACAUCCGCCUCAGCGACCACGGGACCUUCCUGGUCGGCAUAACGACGCCUCGCUUCCGCAGGCUCACGCCGCCCUUCCUGGACGCCAUCGCUCCGUAUCCUGCUGUCAAACGUUUUCUGGCCAAGGUGGUUCCUCUCAGCUGGUACAACAUCCUGCUGCCGCGCUACGCCCUGGUUCUGGAGCUGGGCCUGGACGGCCGCAUCGUGGGCUCCCUUCACGACCCGGAGGGCCGGCUCACCUGGGCCAUCAGCGACGUCUUCCAGCACCGAGGCAGAACCUACCUGGGCAGCACCGACCUGCCUUUCCUGGCCGUCCUGGAGAGCUGGGAGAGCGAUCCCUGAGAAACGAGCAGCGAAGGAGGCGGGAGGAGGAGAACUCCUGGGGAGCAAAGGAAUUCAGACUCUGUCUCUUUUUAAUCGACGUCUGCAAAGUUCAACCAAGCAGCCGAUUGACUGAAGAACUGAGCGUUCUAGGAUUUCCUGCAGUUUUAAAUUUGAAUCUCAAAUGAAAAUGUUUGAAAGAAUACGGUGGCCCUGAAGGUGCAAAGCACAUCAAGAAACCCUUUCAAAUGUCUUAAAGAUCGCAAUAUAAAACAGCAAAACAAAUGACAGAAAAUAUUUUAUGUUUGGCAACAAAACAAAAUCCAGAAACCAAAACACAAUUCUGAAGAAAUGAAAUGGUGAUUUGAGUGAUUUUUUUUAUGUGUUUUGAACCUUCAGGGCCACCGUACCAGGAGCUAAGAACAGAGUCCACUAGGCUGUUUCGUCUUUUGUGUUUAAACGUUAUUAGUGCUAACACACCCGGAAAUGACAAAUUAUUAGGAAAACUAACAGAUUAGUUGACUUGAAACUAAUUUUAGAGGGAAAACCAACUAAUUAAAGACCCACUCUCAGGAAAAUUGUGUUUUUUUUCUGAUGAUGGAGGACAUUUCUAAAGAAAAUUAGGAUUGAAAUUGCAUUUCUUUAUUAAAAUCCUUGUGAAUCAGAAGCAGAACAGUUGGAAAAACAUGUUUUUCUUCGGAUACUUUGGAAUCUGGCUCCAAGCCGUACGGCUGGAACGUUGCUCCAACAGCAAAUGUUAGCUAGGGAGUGCGACGGGCUGUAAGCUAGAGGGAAGGAGUGAAAACGGAGAGCUCUCAGCAACGGGAAGGGGAGCGGUCCCGCCCACAACUCAGAGGUAAAUCUCUAAUAAAUGACUGCCGCUCUGCAGAAACCAAGUCCUGGAAAACGACAGGUUUUUAGAUUUCGGAUGAAAACGGCUUCAUUCGAAUCAAAAGACCACUGGGAACGUUUUUAAAUGGAUCAAAAUUUGACAGAAUAAAUAUACAAUUGGUGUUUAUUUUAGCCAAAAGAAGGGUUUCUCCUGAAAAAUUUAGUGUUUUUUAUUUUUUUCUCUAUUUAAAUGAGAAAAUGGAUUUGAUCAACACAAAAAAAGGCAGAUGCUCUGAGGUGACACCAUAAAAAUACAUUUAUUAGACAAAAAGGAGCCCAAAACCAUUUCAACAAAGUGUCAGAAACCAAACUGACAGAAUGAAAAGUGCAUCAGUGACAGGAAGAGGACCGAUCGGCGGUCCUGCUGUGGUUUCAGGUGAGAAGUUAGUCGGGACAAACAUCAGGAGGAGGAACAUCCAAGAGGAGCAGCAGCAGGAAAAUGUCCACCAAACGCGAUUCCUUCUGACUUUGAGUUCAAUGAAUGAAUGUUUUCUAUUCAAAAGAAUAUUUUUACAGCAGCUGUUACGAUGAAAUAUCUCUGUUAAUAAAAUAAAACUCAGAUUAAUGAAGACAUGGAACAGAAAUGUUUUUCUAAAUCUACACUGGCUUUGAUUUUUUUUUUUUUUUUUUCUUCAUAUUUUGUGUAUAAUCUUAAGCAGAACGUUAAUGAAAUGAUCAGAGGAGCUUUGAAAUCUGUCGGACAAACUUUUGGCACAAAACUUUCCAAACUGCUUCGUCUCCAAAUUACCUUCAUCUGAGGAAAAAGUUCUGAUCUUUUUGUGUGAAGAAAUAAAGAGAAUUUAGAAGAAAUCCAUUGAAAUGUGAAG